GACUUUCGUAUCUUCUCAUUCGAUCUUCUCCACUUCAUUCCCUCUUCUCCGUCGAAUUUCUGUCUAGUGUUCUUUCUUUUCCAUGGAGAAUCACACCGCCAACAACACCAAAGCAGUUUCAGGAGGAGCCAAACCCAUCAAUGACAGCGAAGAGCGUUCCAAUUUGAAUGAAGAGGAGCACACAGAAGAAGUGGAUGUAGAUGAGAAUGGAGGUGCGGAUGAAGAAGACGGAGAGAGGACUGGAUCUGGCUCCGUCCGGUCUCCUCAUCGCCCCCCUUCCAGAACCCCUUUCACUAAUCUCAGUCAGGUCGAUGCUGACCUCGCCCUUGCUCGAACCCUUCAGGAGCAGGAAAGGGCAUACAUGAUGCUGAGAAUGAACAACGAAGGAAGUGAUUAUGGAAGUUGGGAAGCUGGCAACUAUUUGCAUGAUGACGUUGAUGAUUUUGAGGAUAUACGUGAUGGUACUGAUGACGAUGAAGACAAUGACCUUGAUGAUGAUGAUGACGAUGAUGACAAUAAUGAUGAUGAUGAUGAUGAAGAUGCGUUUGAUGUCCAUGCUCAUGGUAGUUCUGGUGAAAUUGAUAAUACCAGCAUUGAAUUUGACCCUGAUGCGUUCUCAAGUGAUGAAGCCUAUGCAAGAGCAUUACAAGAGGCUGAAGAAAGGGAAAUGGCGGCUAGACUAUUCGCAAUGGCUGGGAUAAAUGAUCGGGAAGCUGAGGACACAGAAGACCAUGGUGCUAAUUCUCAGGAUGCGUGGGAGGAUGUUGAUCCUGAUGAACUUUCAUAUGAGGAACUCCUGGCAUUGGGUGAAGUUGUUGGAACUGAGAGCAGAGGUCUUUCUACUGAUACUAUAGCCUCUUUGCCUUCGGUCAACUACAAGAUCGGAAGUGAUCAGCAUGGAAGUAACGAUUCAUGUGUCAUAUGCCGGGUAGAUUAUGAGGAUGGUGAGUCCUUGACUGCACUUUCAUGCAAACAUUUGUACCAUCCUGAGUGCAUUAACAACUGGUUGAAAAUAAACAAGGUUUGCCCUGUUUGCAGUGCUGAGGUGUCAGCUUCCGGAAGCAACUUGUAGUGUUUAUUGCUUGUUCGAUGCCACAUUAUGGAGAAAAAUUGUACAAGUUGGGAAGCUACUUUCCCUUUCCUUGGUAGCUGUGCCUCGUGGGGAAGUAGUGUAUGAAUCAUUGGGUCCAAGCUGUUUCGGUUUUAAAUGUAAUAUCGAAACUUUGGAAUUAGAUUACUGGAUUGUACAUGCCUUUGGUAAUGGAAUGAUUGGCAUGAAAGCCAAUUCUUUUUCCUUAA